AUGAGAACCAAGAGCAACCAAAGCAAGUUGAUGAAGAUCAUAACAUUGCCAGCUAGGGUUUUGAAGAAAGGUAAAGACAUGUACGUUCGAAGCAUGAUGGAUGUCGCGCAAAAACCGCGUUAUAGCAGCAGCAGCACAAAGGCGUCUGUACCGGGACAACAAGUGGUCUCGGGGUACUUGCCUAAGAGUUUCAGCACGAGUGGGACGACUAGCAGAUCCACUACCUACGAGGAGAAUGAUGAUUUGCGCGAACUUAUUCGCGCAAAUUCGACGGCGCAUAACAAGAAUAGUGCGGGGCUGGAUGUGGAGGGGUACUUGAAGCAGCUCAUUGAGGAGCAGAAGAUGAGUAAGCAAAAGCUUUAUAAUGAUCGUUUCGUUGAGCAGAUCAGUGUUGGUAAAGUGGGCAAGGGGGUGCCGAGGAGUCAGAGUGUAGGGUUGGGGAGAAUCGAUGAAGGCAAGGCUUGUGAGUUCGACGAAGAAGAAGAGGGAGUUGAAAAAGAACAAGAGAGUGUGAGGAAAUUACCUGAAGUUAUGUUGAGAAGUAGAAGUCAUGCAGUUGGAGUUGCUGGUAGAAAUAAUUCUCUUGUGUUUUAA